CGCGCUGUUGCUCAGUCUGCUCUUGGCGCUACGUGAAAGGACACACUGAUAUAACAUCUGUAACUGAGAUCUGUACCCAUUUAUAAUCUGCACGCCAUGCCUAGUACCAGGUCACGGUCACAAAGCACAAUUGUGUUCCCCAAGAAGAAGGUUGGACAGACCCAUGGUGAAGGGGGCAUUAAGGCCAGAAAAGGCUUGUCAAAGGUGGAUGCGAUUCCCUUAUCCCCCCGCACCAAAGAACUGCCACUCAGUCCACGGAAGCGACUUGGUGAUGAAAACCUUUGCAACAUUCCCCACGUGUUGCAGUGCUCUCCUCCCAAGCAGAGCCGAAAGGAAAAUGAACUCACCCCAUCCAAGGGAAGACGUCUAAUCUUUGAUCAAAACCAGUCUGAGACUACACCUGUAUCUCCUCUCAAGAAAACACAAGAUUUUGUCUCCUCCCCCUUGAAAAGAGGACAAGAGACUCCAUCGAACACAAAUCCGAGUAGUCGUAAGGAGAGGAAGUCUGUCUGUGCCCGACUAUUUAAACAGGAAGGCACUUGUUACCAGCAGGCCAAGCAGGUACUGAACAUUGCUGUACCAGAGCGCCUACUGGCUCGUGAAAAGGAGACUGAGAGUAUCCAAAGUUUCCUGAAGAAACAUGUUAGUGGAGAAAAGCCAGGUAGCCUUUACAUCUCUGGAGCUCCAGGCACUGGUAAAACAGCCUGUCUCAGCAAGCUGCUACAGGAAAGUGAGGAGGUUCUCAAGAAAUGUAAAACGGUUUAUAUCAAUUGCAUGUCUCUUCGGAGCUCACAGGCUGUUUUCCCAGCUAUUGCACAGGAGAUUGCUGAAAAGGCCCUUCCUGCUGGAAAAGACAUAGUUCGGAGCCUUGAGAAGCUUGUUACAGACAAGGGGCCCAUCAUCUUACUGGUUUUGGAUGAAAUGGAUCAGCUGGACAGCAAGGGGCAGGAUGUCCUAUACACAAUAUUUGAGUGGCCAUGGCUUAGUAACUCCAGGGUGGUACUCGUAGGCAUUGCAAAUGCUCUGGACCUUACUGACAGGAUCUUGCCAAGAUUGCAGGCUCGACCUAAUUGCAGACCUCAGCUGCUAAAUUUCUCUCCAUAUACAAAAGAUCAGAUUGCUACAAUUCUGCAGGAUAGAUUGACACAGGUUUCUGGUUACCAGGUUCUGGAUAACAUGGCUAUUCAGUUCUGUGCCAGGAAAGUAUCUGCUGUCUCUGGAGAUGCUCGUAAGGCAUUAGAUGUCUGCAGGAGAGCUGUAGAAAUUGUGGAGUCUGAUGUGCGAAGCCAGACGGUACUAAAGCCAUUAUCUGAAUGCCUGUCUCCUAGCAAGGAUACAUCUCUCUCACCAGUACCGAAGAAGGUUAGCCUACCCCAUAUUUCCCGCGUUCUUUCAGAUGUUUAUGGAGACAAGAUAACUGCUGGUGGAGGGAGCGGUGAAACUUUUCCUUUACAACAAAAGCUGGUGGUGUGCUCCCUUCUUCUGUUGACUCGGCAAAUGAAAACUAAAGAGGUCACUCUGGGCAAGUUACAUGAAGCAUACAGCAAAGUUUGCCGCAAGCAGCAGAUGCCAGCAGUGGGACAGUCUGAGUGCUUGUCCCUCUGCCAUCUUUUAGAAUCUAGAGGCAUUCUGGGUCUAAAGAAAGCAAAAGAAACACGGCUUACAAAGGUUUCACUGAAAAUUGAAGAGCGGGAUAUAGAGCAUGCAUUCAAGGAUAAGGUCCUGAUUGGAAAUGUUCUGCAUGCAGGAAUUUAAUGGUUGCUUCCUUCCUCCAGACUUUCCUUUUAAACAGACAAAUGUAAUGUGUUUUGUACAAUGUGUAUAUAUUUUAUUUUUUUUAUAAGUUAAAUUGUAAUAUUCAUUCCUCACUAAAUCAAUCUUAUUAAUUUUUUUUUUAUUUUUUUUUAUGAAAAACUUAAGUGGGUUGCAAACAAGGCUUUGUUUUCUAAGCUGAUGCUGCGCAUAAAAUGUCUGCAGUAACCUAUAUGGACAUGGAGCUCAGGUUAUGGAGCUACACAUUUGUUUACAAUUGUACAGUAAUUGUUGCAAUCCUGAUUGUCUUCAGUAAUCUAAUUGUAGAAAACUGAUUUCUAGAUGUGUAUAGUUAUUUUUAAGGUAAAGUGUUGGAUGUUUGCUGUAAAGCGGCAAAUGUAAAUGUUUUAGUAUCUUUAAGGUACGUUCUUGAUUUUAUGGACAAUGUCUGCUUGUUUUACUGUAGAAUGUUUUAUCAUUUUAAUUUAAACUUCAUUCUUAAUAAAAAAAAAAGUACAAUUCC